CCGACAUGACGAGACCGUCGCUGCUGGGUGUGACGGCCUUCUGUUUCUGCGUCUUUGUUGCCGGCGGGCAUCCUGACCAGAAUGAGGCCGAGUCCCUCCCGGAGAAGGAUGGAGUUUUACAGCUGGAGAAAAGAAAUUUCAACAGAGCGCUGAGGAAAUACAAACAACUAUUGGUGCAUUUCUACACUCCGCUGUCCGGAGACGCACAUCGUUUGUCCGAAGUUUUUGAAAGAGCUGCGGCAGAUCUUCGGGGAUCAGAGGUCAAACUGGCAUCUAUGGACGUGAUGCGAGACAAGGAGUUGGCCAAAGAACUUAACGCAACAUCAACCCCCAGCAUCCGCCUCUACCUUUUCGGGGAUCAACACAACCCUGUUCUGUGCCCUGUUCCUCAGAGCUCCGCCUCCAUUGUGACGUGGCUGAAAAGGAGGGCGGGGUCUGUAGCUGACCUUGUCAUCACUGAUCUGAGCCAAUCAGUGAGCUCAGAGGAGUCUCUUGUGGUUGGAUUCUUUAAGGACCUGACCAGCGAGUAUGCCCAGGUGUUUUACGCGGCCGUGGUCAACCUCCCGGACGUUAGUUUUGCGGUGACGCAAAACAGCGACGUCAUCAGUAACUAUGACGUCACGGAUGACGACGUGCUGUUCUUCAAACGGUCCGAGCUCGUCCAGGUCUUCAAAGUGACACCCCAGACCGCCGCAGAGGACCUGAUCACGUUUGUCUCCGUCUACCAGAUGGAACCCGUCACGGAAUACACCGGAAAGACGGCGUCUCAGAUCUUGUCGUCGCCCGUUGUGAACCACGCCCUCCUUUUUGUCAACAAAAGCGCCGCGGACUUCCAAGACCUGCACUCAGCCUUCCAUCAGGCUGCAGAGGCCUUCAGGAUGAAGAUUUUGUUUGUCCUGGUGAACGUCUUUGAGCCUCGCAACGGCCGCCUGAUGGAGUACUUCCGGGUUCGAGACUUAGAGGCCCCUCUCAUCCGAUUGGUCAACCUGACGGACCAUGUGACCUACCACCUGCCCUCUGACAAGCUGGACGUGGACACCAUCAAGACCUUCUGCCGCUCCUAUUUGGACGGCAAAGCCAAGCCAAAGAUGCAGAGCGAGCCGAUACCUGAAGGAUGGGACGAGCGUCCAGUGAAGGAGCUGGUAGGAAGCACUUUGGAGAAAGUGGCCUUUAAUCCCGACAAGACUGUUUUUGUCCUGUUUUACCUUCCUUAUAGCCCGCAGUCCCGUGGCGUCUUCUCACUGUGGGAGGAUCUCGCUCGGGCUUUGGCGGAGCGCGACGACGUGGUCAUCGCUCGCAUCGACGCCUCGGCCAAUGACAUCGCCAUGUCGGUGCAGAAGGCCUACCCGUCCUUCUGCCUCUUCCCGGCUCUUCACGCAGAGAGAGCGACGUUUUACACAGGCAGGAGGAUGCUGAAGGACCUACUUCGCUUUGUCCAUGAAGAGAUGGAGAAAGCCAAAAAAGACAGAAUCAAGGAGGACGAGGACAGGAGGGAGUACAGGAAGGCCUUGGAAGCUGAAGAGGAGAAGAAAAGCUCCAAAGAUGAGCUUUAAGUCUGCUUGAAAACAAC